GGGAUAUGUAAUUCCAUCGCUUAGCAGCCAUUCUGCUAUGUCGGCGCACAAAUUUGCCCGUCAAAGUCUAUCCGAGGACGUCAUCGAAAGGUACUGAAGAGGCAUUAAUUAAUCAGAUUCACAUCUACAGAUAUUCGAAGCCUUGAAGGUACAAGGUACUCCCUUCUGUCAGCUUCCUAAUGCCUCCAUGCACGCGUGGAGAAAAGACAAUGACUACUCCCAUUUCCAGGUCGCAUAAUUUGUGGUUCAAUCGCAAGAAGAUGAAGUCCGGUGGCCUGGUGCCUUCGUCGUGCAGUUCUCAGAUGUUGCCGCUGUGAAUGUGCCUCCACGAUGUGCUCAUGAUAUAAAGUCUGCACAUUGUGAACGGUAAACUGCAGACAUCAUCCUCCAACUAUCUACCCUGAGUAUCCACACACUCACUUACUAUACAAUAUGUCGAACCUCGCCUCCCCUUCGCAGAUGACCUCCGGCAAGCUCUGUCUCGCCACAGACCGUGCAGUCAAGAGCGCCGAAGAUGUUCCUUUCAACUUGAAGUUCCUCAAAUUCAACAUCGAGAGCGUGAGGAUUGAUGAGGGACAAGUCAUCUACUUCCUCCAGACUCAGGCUGUCGAAGGCAUCCUAGUCAAGAGGGUUGCAAACGGCACUAUUGAGGUCGACAUCACCAUCGAUACAUCCGCCUUGACCGUCGCGGUUCAAGUCUAUUUCGAUGCGCCCAUCAUUGGACACAUCCUCCUCGGCCAGGGCAUGGGUGCUCUCAUGUUCAACAGCGGCAUCAAAAUCGACUUCAAUGUAACGCCCGAAACCCUGGCGACUGGAUAUGCCGGCGUCAAAUUGGAGUGGAACAGCGAGCUUGUCCUCUCUUGGGACUACACGUCUCUUGGAGUGCAGAAGAAAGGCUCCUUCAGCUUCCGCUUGGACCCUAUUAACUUCUAGGUCUGGAGCGCAGGGCCUUGGAAUCUCAAAAAAGGUUUUUUGCUGACGGAGGGGC